AUGACAGCCAACGGUACUAAGCGGAAUGCCCUCUCUAAAGGAGUCUACGUGCCCACAGUGGCAUUCUUCAAGCCAGACGAAGAGGUAGACCUGGCGACCACUGAGAAGCACGCCGCAUACCUAGCCCGGAGUGGCGUUACUGGCCUGGUCACCCAGGGCAGUAAUGGUGAAGCAGUACACCUGGACCGCGAAGAGCGCAAGGCCAUCACAGCCGCAACACGUCGUGCCGUGGAUGCUGCAGGGUACCCAUCACUUCCUGUCAUUGCUGGGUGCGGUGCCGCGUCCACCCGCGAGACUAUCCAGCUUUGCAAGGACUCUGGUGAAGCAGGCGCCGACGCGGUGCUAGUCCUACCUCCCAGCUACUACAAGGCUCUUGUCAGCAACGAGGCUCUCCACGCACACUUCCAAGCUGUGGCCGAUGCGUCGCCAGUCCCCGUUCUCAUUUAUAAUUUCCCCGGCGCCUCAUCCGGGCUGGACUUGUCCUCGGACGACAUUCUUGCGCUGUCCAAGCACCCCAACAUUAUCGGAUGCAAGCUCACCUGUGGUAACACUGGCAAGCUAGCUCGUGUCGCUGCCUCUUCCAAGCCGGAGUUUUUGACUUUUGGUGGAUCGGCUGAUUUCACUCUUCAGACUCUCAUUGCUGGUGGUGACGGUAUCAUCGGUGGAGUUGCCAACCUCAUUCCUCGGUCGAGUGUGCGUGUGAUGGAGCUGUACCGCAGUGGAAAGGUUGAGGAGGCGCAGAAGUUGCAGGCUAUUGUUGCGCGUGCUGAUUGGGGUGCCAUUCACGGCGGAUUUGUUGCAGUAAAGAGUGCUUUGCAAUCAUACCGUGGAUACGGUGGACUGCCCCGUCGUCCUUGUGUGGUGCCGUCCCAGAAGGUCAUUGCGGCCAUUCAUGAGGAGUUCCGCGAGGGAAUGGAGACGGAGAAGUCACUAGAGUAA